AUGUCCUACUAUGAGAAACAACUUAUAGUGGGCUACGAAGGAAAACACACCUUACGUUUGAAGUUAAUGAACUAUAGUACAGAUUCAAGUAAUACAGUAUAUGUGGGGAAUAUAGAUCCAAGAAUAACAAGAGACCAACUUUAUGAACUUUUUAUUCAGAUUAAUCCAAUUUUAAGGAUCAAGUAUCCGAAAGAUAAAGUUUUGCAAACGUACCAAGGCUACGCUUUUAUUGAAUUUCAUAGCAAAGAAGAUGCUCAGUACGUGAUACAAAUAAUGAAUAACACCGUCAAAUUGUAUGACCGGCUGAUAAAAGUUCGUCAAGUAACCAGCUCUUUAGGUGCUGCUAAUUCUUCCUCGAAUAAUUCCAAGGGCAUAUCUUUACCUAUUGCUAAACUGUUCGUAAAGAACCUCGCAGAUUCGAUAGACAUUGAACAACUAGGAAAAAUUUUCAACAAAUUCGGUAAAACAGUUAAUAAACCUGAAGUUUUUYAUCUAUCAACUGGAAAUCUGAAAUGUGCAUAUGUAUAUUUUGAAGACUUUGAAAAAGCAGAUGUUGCAAUAAAAUCUCUAAAUAAUCAAUUAGUGGCCAAUAGCAGGAUCACGGUUGAUUAUGCAUUUAAGGAAAACGGUAAGGGUAAUACAAAAUAUGGCGAUGAAGUAGAUAGGCUGCUGAAUAAGGAAGCACUAAAACACGGCAUGUUAAAAUAA